AUUCAGUGCUUUUCCGGAUUUUUUCCCGUUAACAUCGACAUCACAGCGUCACAGGAAAACUUAUUUUUCACAACAUGAAAAUAUUCAUAGAAUAGUCAAUUCAAAAUCAACAGCCAAUCCGACACAUUUUUACAGUGACAAGAAUUUUUCAAAAACAUAAUACGGAAAUUUUCGCGGGAUGAUAAAUGGUGAUACAUGUGUAUGUAAUAAAGCGUGUACUGUUACAUCACGUGUCGCUCGCGUGAGGCACUAUCGUAAUUCAACCAUGUAUAUGGCUAUUUAACUGAGAAAAUAAUCGCACAUGCAUUGAGAUAUCUUCCGGCAUUCAUUAUUAAUCAUCAAAGUUGAUUAAUCCAGGCGAAUGAUAAUUAAUUUUCCCUUUGGGGAUUUUCAUUCACAGUGAGCAGUAUUGCACGACAGCAGAAUGGCACCUAAUGUAACAUCUGCACCAACGGGUGUACAUUAUCAGAAUGGAAUCAGUGAAUCAAAUUCGGUGGAUGGUAAACCUAAGGCACCGUAUCAACGCAAAAUUGUUUGGUUUAAUGUAACUGUUUUCGUUGUACUUCACGUUGCUGCAAUUUAUGGACUUUAUCUGGCAUUCACAUCAGCCAAAAUUGCCACGAUAGUUUUUGCUUAUUUUCUGUACGUAUGUACUGGACUUGGAAUAACCGCUGGUGCCCACAGACUUUGGUCUCACCGUUCCUACAAAGCCAAUUUUCCCCUUCGAUGUAUUCUCAUGGUGUUCAACACAAUCGCAUUCCAAAAUUCGAUAUACGAGUGGUCCAGGGAUCAUCGAGUGCAUCACAAGUACAGUGAGACUAACGCUGAUCCUCACAAUGCCACUAGAGGAUUCUUCUUCGCACACGUUGGAUGGCUCCUCUGUAAGAAGCAUCCUGAUGUCAAGGACAAAGGAAAAGGUGUGGAUAUGAGUGAUCUCAUGAGAGAUCCUGUUGUCGCUUUUCAAAGGAGACACUAUCUAGUGCUAAUGCCUUUCAUGGCAUUCGUUCUUCCAACAAUAAUUCCAGUUCACUUUUGGAAUGAGACGUGGACCAACUCAUUCUUUGUCGCAACACUAUUCCGUUACGCGUUCACCCUCAACAUGACGUGGCUAGUCAACUCAGCUGCGCACAUAUUCGGUGGUAAACCAUACGACAGAUUUAUCAACCCCGCGGAGAACGUCUCUGUAGCAGUGGGCGCACUGGGCGAAGGCUGGCACAACUACCACCACGUCUUCCCCUGGGAUUACAAAGCAGCUGAGCUGGGCAACUACAGGCUCAACUUCACAACAGCUUUCAUCGACUUGUUCGCCAAAAUCGGCUGGGCAUACGAUCUUAAACGCGUCUCAUCGGAGAUAAUUGCACAGCGAGUGAAGAGAACGGGUGACGGUAGCCACGAGGUGUGGGGUUGGGGAGACAAAGAUCAACCGAGUGAGGAACGAGAGGCCGCUAUUAUCGAAUAUCAGGUGGACGAUAAUACCUCCACAUCGAUUGUACAUUAGUUCAAUUAAGUUUCCCAAAAAUUUCAUAUCUUCACAGAUUAAUGAUUAUUAUUGACAUCAUUACACGAGUCUAAGUUCCGAUGUUACACGCGAGACGAGAGUCACCCCGCAUCGAGCCUCUUCUACCUAUUUAUAAUUAUCUUUAAUCGCGUAUUGCUUAUUGGCAAUUUUGUUUUUGUAAUGGUAGAGUUUUGAAGGCACUUGGCAGUUUAAACUGUAAUUAUUCUUAUUAUUAUGCAACUCCUGGGAUAUUUUUCUUCUUGAACAACGUCUGAAUAUUUUUUUCCCACAUCACCGUCCAGACCAGCAAUGGGGGGUCGCAUUAUUUCGACUGAAUGAAUUUAAAAUGAGAGUUUGCAUGACAGAUGAGACGAACUGAUUGAAUGAUUGUGAGGUUUGCGACUUCGUGCUGGUCGCGAAUUCUGGAAGAACUUGAUGCUAGAGGAUCGCUGAGUUUACUUAGGCCAACGGCUUUGACAUGUGUUACAGUAUAACGUGAAUUAAAGACAAAUUAAGAAUACAUACUCUUAUGAUCGAUCAAGUGAAUAUAUGAAACAAUAUGAAAUAAAGAGUGAUUUAAGUUUAAUAAAUAGAAAAUAAAAUUAUAUUUUUAAAGAAA